AUGGGAUGUGGCACUUCUGUUACGAGUAGCCAGGUGAAAAAAUCAGAGAAAGCCAUUAAAGCAGCUAUCCUCAUUCAGAGGUGGUAUCGUUCUUAUGUGGCCCGGCUGGAGAUGAGGCGGCGAUAUGCAUUGAGUAUUUUUCAGUCAAUUGAAUAUGCAGAAGAGCAAGCUCAGAUGCAGCUUUCCAACUUUUUCACAUUCAUGCUGGACCAUUUUACUCAGCCCAAUGAGCCUGAUUCAGGUAAGAAAAAAUGCAAAACUAAGGACGCUCACAAUUCACUUACCACUGAUAAUAGUGUACCUGAUUCUGAUGAGAUGAUGGGAGAAUAUGAAAGGACAAUAGAAAUACCGGACUCCUACUAUGGGCCUCAUCUCUGUUUCCCCCUCACCGUUGCUGAUACUAAUGCACUCCUUCAGGCUUUCAAGUAUCGACAGCAACUUCAUGCUCGAUAUGUACUUCAGCUGCUGCACGAGACCAGGAAAGUUCUUCAGCAGAUGCCAAACAUCACUCACUUGUCAACCUCCUAUGUCAAGGAAAUAACAAUCUGUGGUGAUUUACAUGGAAAACUGGAUGAUCUUUUGCUGAUAUUCUACAAAAAUGGUCUUCCUUCAGAAGAGAACCCCUACAUUUUCAAUGGUGACUUUGUUGACAGAGGGAAAAAUUCCGUAGAAAUACUUAUCAUCCUAUUUGCAUUUCUUGUUGUCUACCCCAACCAUUUUCAUUUGAACAGAGGGAACCAUGAAGACCAUAUAAUGAAUCUUAGAUAUGGUUUCACAAAAGAAGUUAUGAAGAAGUACCGGUCCUAUGGCAAAAAAAUUUUGCGACUUCUACAAGAUGUUUACAGCUGGCUUCCACUUGCAACUAUAGUUGACAAUAAAGUUCUUAUUUUACAUGGUGGGAUCUCAGACACCACUGAUUUGAAUUUCCUGAACUUGUUUCAGAGAAACAAGCUGAAAACUCUGCUGAGACCACUGAAGUCAAAUACAGAGACAAACCAUGAACCACAGGGACCUAGUUUAAUCGAAGAGUGUUCCAACCUCAGAGAAGUCAAGAAGUGCCUUUCUAGGCAGGACAUCACUAAGUCUUCAUCAUCAUCAUCUAGUGAGAGAAAACAAUACUGUAGAGAUGGAGCUGGUGCCAAAGAGCAUGUCAACCUUCCUGGCAGAACCCAUUCUAGCCCACUUGGGGAGCAGCAGGAUCUUGAGUCCAGAGUUACUACUACAGCAUGCACAUCUCCAGAUUUAACAACCAAGGAGUGGAAGCAAGUGUUAGAUAUUCUUUGGAGUGAUCCUAAACACCAAAAUGGUUGUGCACCAAACAAAUAUCGAGGAGGAGGUUGCUACUUUGGACCAGAUGUUACUGCCAGGUUGCUCAAGAGAUAUAAUUUGAAGAUGCUCAUCAGGUCCCAUGAAUGCAAACAGGAAGGCUAUGAGAUCUGCCAUAAUGGAAAGGUUAUCACUAUUUUUUCUGCCUCUAACUAUUAUGAAGAAGGAAGCAAUCGUGGGGCUUACAUCAAACUAAAUCCAGAUCUGAUCCCCCGUUUUGUUCAAUAUCAAGUCAACAAAGGCACACGCAAAAAGACUAUUCAUCAGAGAGUGAGUACAGUUGAGCUAUCUGCCUUGAAGAGUUUACGUGAGAAAAUUUACGCACACAAAUCAGAACUUGUUGCAGCUUUUAGAAAGUAUGAUCCAAAUGAUACAGGGAAGAUUUCUCCUAGUCAAUGGGCUUCAGCUGUAGAGUCUGUGCUACAUCUUGACCUCCCCUGGAGAACUCUGCGUUCUCGGCUGGUUCAUCUUGCCCAAGAUGGAAGUGUGGAAUACCUUUCAUCUUUUGAUGCUUUAGAAAUUGAACUACCCAUCAAAGAGGUUCAGCCGUCUUUGGUGGAAACCCUGUGUAGAUACAAAGCUGAUCUUGAGAUCAUCUUUAAUAUGAUUGACAAAGAUCACUCAGGUCUUAUCUCUAUUGAUGAGUUCCGCCAGACAUGGAAGCUCUUCAACCUACACCUGAACAUUGAUGUAGAUGAUGAAUCUAUUGACAGCUUAGCCCGAAGCAUUGAUUUUAAUAAAGAUGGCAACAUUGACUUCAAUGAAUUUCUAGAAGCCUUUCAUGUGGUUCAUAAAUUUGAGAACAAGAUCAGUGAGUAAAGAAGCAGAAUUCACAUAUGGAAAGCUGACAAGGAGCUUCUGUGAUAUCACAUCUUGCUAAGAAAUUACGUUAAAAAGACUUCCUUCUCAAAACUGAAAUGGUGGAAUGAACCAUUUUUAAAAAAGAAUGCCUACAGGAUAAUAUCAAGCACUACAUGAUAAUUAGUAAAUAUCCUGGCAGCAGAAUACUAAGAAAGAGAAACAAAAGUGAACAGAUGGAUCAAUAUAAUUUAAAACCAACAAAAGAGGUACAUUCUCAACAAUGACCAUAGCAGUGCCAUAUUUGCACGGUUAUUCCUCUCAGUACUGCUCUGAGAUAUGUUAAUUGUCUUACCCGAGCAUACAUUGAUGUAGGAGGAAAAAUGAGUGCCAUUAUAUGAGAAAAACAUUGUCCAUAUUACUGGUAUUGAGUGUCCAGCUGAGCUCCACAUGGGAAAAUAGAUUGUUCCACAAUCUGCAUCUAUCCUGGCGUAUUUCCGUAUGUGCUGGGUUUUUUCCUAUACUAACAUAUACCAUUGUAUGGAAAAGCCAAGUGUGAAAAAGCACAGUUAUU